UGGCGCCCGCGGGGAGGGUGGUUGCGUGGCCCGAAGGUCCAGGACGGCGAUUCGGGGAGGUGGGGGACCGUUCUAGCCGAGUGCCCCCCUUCUUCUGUGCGAGCGCGGGCGCGCCUCGAACUCCCGGGACCGGCCAGGCUGGGCGCGGGGCGCCGCUCCCGAGACCUGGAGGAGUCCGUUCCUCCCGCGUAGCCCUGGACCGUGGAGCCCAUUUCUUGCGGCUCAUCGGGCGCGCGGAGUUUGCGGCGUACCUGCGGAGAUCGCACCUGCGGAGGGCGUACCUGCGCCUGAGGAGGAGGAAGGGCAAGAUCCAGCCUGAGGGACCCGCGCUCCAGCCUCUCCGCAUAAGGGCGGUCCCCGGGUGGGGCGAAGCUCCCCCGUCUUUACUCUCGUCCCCGACCCCGGCGUGGGCCACCGGCUGCAAGAUGAACUGUCGCUCGGAGGUGCUGGAGGUGUCGGUGGAGGGGCGGCAGGUGGAGGAGGCCAUGCUGGCAGUGCUGCACACGGUGCUCCUGCACCGCAGCACCGGCAAGUUCCACUACAAGAAGGAGGGCACCUACUCCAUCGGCACCGUGGGCACCCAGGACGUUGACUGCGACUUCAUCGACUUCACCUACGUGCGCGUCUCCUCUGAGGAGCUGGACCGCGCCCUGCGCAAGGUCGUCGGGGAGUUCAGGGAUGCUCUGCGAAACUCCGGGGGCGAUGGGCUGGGGCAGAUGUCCUUGGAGUUCUAUCAGAAGAAGAAGUCUCGCUGGCCUUUCUCAGACGAGUGCAUCCCCUGGGAAGUGUGGACGGUCAAGGUGCACGUGGUGGCCCUGGCCACGGAGCAGGAGCGGCAGAUCUGCCGGGAGAAGGUGGGUGAGAAGCUCUGCGAGAAGAUCAUCAACAUUGUGGAGGUGAUGAACCGGCACGAGUACCUGCCCAAGAUGCCCACGCAGUCGGAGGUGGACAACGUGUUUGACACAGGCUUGCGGGACGUGCAGCCCUAUCUCUACAAGAUCUCCUUCCAAAUCACCGACGCCCUGGGCUCCUCCGUCACCACCACCAUGCGCAGGCUCAUCAAAGACACCCUGGCCCUCUAGGCCUCGCUGGGCCUUGGGCGCUCCUUGAUGGUUGCGGACCUUGGCUUCUGGGGAUCGUACUGGUAGGCCCUGUUAGCCCUUGGGGCUCUGGAACCCGCUCCGGGUCUUUGAUGAGACUUGGAAGGGCCACCCCUGGCUUCCUGUUGUGUGGUUGCCAGUCUCUGGUCAUCCUUGUCACCUUCACUGAUGGUCAAGUCCGGCCUACACUGUCUCUCCGCACCCCUGGUGGGGGUCCCCUUUCCUACACUGUACAGAAGAGCCGUCACUAGGAUGGUGAAUAAAGUCGAGAAUGUGAGUUUGGGUUGA